AUGCGUUUGUCUCAUUUUGCCAAGAAAAAUAUGAUUAAUAAAAUGGUAGAUUUUAGUGUUCUCGGUUAUGAAAGUUUAUCUGAGAAGAGCAAAGGUUGUGAUGUCUAUUUAGAUAUUGUUAAUAAUAAACUUGAUAAAAUUCGUCAAGAAAAAUUAAAAAAAUUUCGUGAUAUGAUCAAUACAAAAUUAGACGAUGAUAAUCGACAAUUACUAAACUUAAAUUGGAAAGAUAAUGGUUUUCAAUCGGAUGAUAGUGACUAUCAACGAUAUUUAAGAACAUUGAAUGCUGCUAUUUUUUUACGUAUUAAAGCUGUUGUUGAUGAUCAUUUAUCAUCGACAACGGCCGUUCUCGUACCCGAAUUAAAAUUUCAUGAACAUGUUUUAUACGAUGAAGCUUUAAUACAUUUAUAUCAUUAUCAAUCGUAUGUUAAUCAAACAUGUCUUGGUUUUGAUUCAUUAUUAGAAAAAAUAAAACGUAUUACAUUAAAUGCAAAUAAAAUUGAACAUUCUCCAUUACUGAUACUAGGUGCAAGAGCAUCGGGUAAAACACUCUUAUGUACAAAAAUUGUUCAAAAUAUUCUCUCACAAUUAGGUGGAAGUAAAAAUGUAUAUUUAAUUGUCAGAUAUUAUAAUUUAACUAAUUCUAGUCGAAAUAUUAAUGAACUUUUAUUAUCAAUUUGUUCACAAUUAAAUUGUUUACAACAUUUAAAUGUUUAUAUUAAACAACGUGAUCAUACAUUAGUCGAUCAUUAUCAUACAAUGCUUGAUACAAUAUCAAAAGGACAGCGACCAUUAAUAUUAAUGAUUGAUGGUAUUGAAGAAACAUUACCACAAAGUUAUGUAACAACAAAUGUUAAUUUUUAUCAAACAUUAUUAAAAAUAUUACCACCUAAAAUUCAUGUUAUAUUAUCUGUUAAUAGAAAUUUACAUACAGCACCACAUAGUGAUUUAAAUAUUCGAACAUUAUUUAAACAAAUUGAAAAAGAAGAUCAAAUUAUUGCUUUACCAUUGUCAUCAUCAUCAAUUAAUAUUCGUGAUAUAUCGACAUAUGUUAAACAAGAAUUAUCAACAAUACAUCGAAAUUAUUAUUCUGAUAUUUUAUUACAAACAAUAUCAAAACAAAUACAUCAACAAAUAGAACAACCGUAUAUAUUUUUCAUGUUAAAAUUAAUAUUAAACGAAACCUAUCUAAAAUAUCUUGAAUACAAGAAACAAAAAUUGAAUUUCGACAAUUUAUCUGUUGAAGAUAUUUUAGAUUCUUACAUUGAUCGUUGUGAGCAAAAAUUUAAUUCGAAAAUCUGUUCAUUUAUUUUCAAUUAUAUUAGUGCAUCACAAAUGGCUAUGGCCGAAGUCGAAUUAUUAGAUAUAUUAAGUUGUAAUAAUGAAUUUUUUCUUGAAUUAUAUUCAAAAGAUGUUUUACCAAAACAUUUAAGAUUUCCACCAUCAUUAUGGUUAGCUGUUAAGAAUGAACUUGAACCAUUUUUGUCUGAACGAUAUGUUGAUAAAAAAGUUCUUCUCUGUUGGAGUCAUACAUUUAUUCGACGACAAAUGAAACAACGUUAUUUGAAAAAAGUUGAAGAUAUUCGAAUAACUCAUCGUGAUAUAGCCAAUUAUUUUCUUGAAGCAUUUAUUGAAUCAAAACCAUUAAUUGAUUUGAAUAAAAACUUUCAAAUACGAGAAGAUGAGGGUCGUCGUUUUAUUUCCCAACAACCAUUACUUUAUUCAGACACAUUAUAUAAUUACAGACGAAUUUAUGAAUUAUGGUAUCAACUUAUGCAUUCAGGUGAUAUUGAUAGAUUAAAAGAAUAUACAUUAUGUUGUUUCGAAUAUUUAUUAGCAAAAAUUCAUGGUUUAUCUAUUACACAAUUAUUAAUUGAAUUAGAAAUUAUUUGUAGUAAUAUAUUAGAUGUUGACGUAUUAUUAGUACAAUCAAUAUUAGAAGAUAUUCAAGAAAUUAUUGAACUAGAUCCUAUAUUAUUAGCCGGUGAAUUAAUUAAUAGACUAAAAUAUAUUAAAAAUCAUUAUAGUGAACAUAUUGAAAAUUUAUAUAUUCAAUCAUAUGAUUGGUGUAAAUUUUAUGGUGCUCCCGUAUUUGUUCCACUAUCAUCAUGGUUAAAAAGUAUUCCUCCAUUAAUAAUUACUGUAUUACAUUGUCAAGAUCAUAUAAAUAAAAUUGCACUAACAGCCUAUAAUCAACAUAUAUUUUGUACAACAAAAAAUAAUGAAAUUUGGAUGUAUCAUAUACCAUCAAAAAAAUUGGUAAAAAAAUUUUCUGGUCAUACAGAUGUCAUAAAUGCAAUUAAAUUAACGUAUAAUAGUAAGUUUUUAAUUAGUACAUCCAUUGAUCAUACAAUAAAAAUAUGGAAUUUAAAUUCAAGUGAUAUUGAACAUACUUAUAGUAUUCAACAAGGUGAAAUAUUAUGUUUAACUGUUUCACAUAAUAAUGAUCAUAUUGUAACUGGAUCAAAGGAUCGUUUAGUAACAGUUUUACGUUUAGAAACAGGAGAAAUUGAACAUUCAGUUGAACAACAUACGGAUGCUGUAAUUUCAAUUGCAUUAACUCAAGAUGAUACAAUUUUAGUAACAGCAUCCAAAGAUCAAACUGUUAAAAGAUGGAUAUUCCAUGGUAUGCAAGUUUUAGAAGUAAUACAAACAAUUGGUAGUCCAAUUAAUCACAUGGUCAUAUCGUUAAAUGAUACAUUUAUUAUUGUUGCUUGUGAAGAUAAUUCGGUUCAAGUAAAAUCAUUAGUUACAUGUACACAUAUUCAUCAUCUUGAAGGACAUACUGGUGAAGUAACAAGUUUAGCUGUUUCAAGUGAUUCGAUGGUAUGUUAUGUUGGUUGUAGUAAUGGACAUUUGUAUGUUUAUAAUCUUCGUUCAACAGUAUUGCUAAGAAUAUUAAAACAUCAUGAAACAACAAUAUAUGAUAUGAUUGUGUCAGCUGACGGUUGUUUUUUAUUUACAGCUGCUCAGAAUUCUAUUUAUGUGUUAAAUAUUAAACAACAAUUUAGAGAUUUUAAAACCGGUUCAGAAUCAUUCACUGAUGAUAGACCAAUAACAAGUUUGGCCAUAUCAAAAGAAGGAGAUGUAGCUAUAUCUGGUUGUGAACAAGGUACAGUUAAGUUAUGGAAUUUAAUCGAUGGUGAAUUAACUGAACAUAUAAUGGAUCAUCGUAGUUCAGUAACACAAGUAGCUCUUUCACAUUCCUAUUUAUUUUCAUUAUCGGCAUCAAAAGAUUCUAUCAUUAAUGUGUAUGAUAAUGAACUCGGUGAAAUCAUAACGGAAUUUAAAGGACAUUCAGCUCCAAUAUCAAAUAUAUGUAUAUUAGAAGAUAAUAGAAAAAUUUUGUCAUCAGAUGAACAAAAUUAUAUUAAAACAUGGUGGGCAAAUAACGGUGGAUUAAUUGAUUCGUACAAUGUUCCGUGUAAAAUAUUGGGCGUUUCACCAGAUGGUCAUUAUGUCGUAUCUGGUAGUGGUGAUAAUGUUUUAAAAAUUUGGUCAUUAGAUGAUGCACGUGUUGUACGUUCAAUUGAUCAUCCACAAGGUGCUAUUACGUGUAUAGCUUUUCGAUCGGAUUCACAAUAUUUAUUAUCAGGUGGUGAAGAUUGUAGUUGCAAAUUAUGGGAAUUAGCGAGUGGAAAAUUAACACAGGUAUUAGUUGAACAUGAAAAAUCUAUUACAGCUAUUGCCAUAACUCUGGAUGGCAAAUCAGUAUUAACAGGUGGCACAGAUGGACUAGCAAUUAUUUGGUCAUUUAAAGAUGGUACUGUUGUACACAAAUUAUUGGGCCAUAAUGAUGCCAUGGUAUGCGUCGCGUUCACAAUAGAUGGAACAGUAGCUGUUACAGCCUCUCAUGACGGUCUGUUGUCAACUUGGUCAACAGUAUCUGGUAUACAUUUAGCUGCAUUUCAUUUUAAUUAUACUCUUGUUAAACUGCUUGUAUCACAAAAUGGCGCAAGAUACGCAGCCAUCUUGGAAAAUAAUCCAUCUGUAGCAAUGAUUAGUUUGUUCAAUGUUCCAUACAGUGAUGUAACUAAAUUUCUACCUCGAACUAGUCAAAUUAAUGAGUCAGAAAUAAUUUGUAAGUGUAUCUUGACAUUAAUCUCAAACUGAAAAACAAAACAUCGCAAUUUGAUCUGGAAAAACACUAUUAAUAUAAAAGCAAAUAUAAAUGAACAAUGUUAUUCAUAUCAAAAAUAAAUAAGGAAAAAUAUUCCUAUGAUGAUGAUUUGACAUAACCUGUAUAAUGGAAGAUCAAAACCUCUUCUGUUUUUUAUUACAAAUUUUCAUGUAAAACGUGUACUAUGUCGAAAAGAAGUAGAGCGUUGUAAAAAACAAAAACAGACAUGAACAUAAAUGCCAGUUGAGAUUUUAUUUACGCUCUUACAUUCUAAAAACCAACAAUAUAUGAGAGAAACGUAACUUUCUGGUACAAUCGAUAAAAAAAAAUGAAAGUGUUCAUAAAAAAGAUUUGAAUGGUACGUUUUGUUCCCCUGUCUUUGCCGAGUACCCUAUACAAAUUUCCCAACUGUCAGACUCAUACUGGCUGAGUUAGGAGAGAGACAAUUUUCAGUUUUUGCCAUAGAGAAUUUUUGGCAGGAUUUUGCUAGAAAAAGGGUUGAAAUAGAUGUAUUCUACAUUGUUCGACAGAGAAUGAUUCGAGCAGUACAGUGGG